UAAAACGGCUCGCGUCUCGAAAACUGAUUACAAGACGAAACUUGUGGCAAAAAAAAGAACAUUUUAUCAAGAAAUAAUGGCGGAAGACGAAAAAUUUGAUGGCGUUCUACUUAACAUGGCCACCCAGCUUGAAGGUGGGGUCCCACAGAGAAGAGGCUCAGGCAAAAAGAAAUACCGGGCAUAUUCAGACGCUGAUAUUCAGAGGGCAUAUUACCUGGUAACUCAGAAGCAGAUGGCAGUACAGAGGGCAGCCGACAUGUGCGGUGUUCCAGAGUCAACACUGCGUGAUCGUGUGAAAGGGAAAGUGAAACAGGUUUGGGUAAAGUCUGGCCCACCCCCUGUACUUGCUAUGGAGGAAGAAGGCAGAUUGGUUGAGUACUUGCAUCUCAUGUGUAGCUUUGGAUACAGUUAUUCAAGAACUGAUAUUAUCAACAUGGCAUCAGAUUUUGCCAUUAUCCUUGGUAAAAGGGAACCUUCAGAUGGCCUUACUCAUCAGUGGUAUUACAAAUGCCUUGAAAGAUGGCCUGGGCUGGACAUCAACAGGGCAUCCAGUGUCAAAAAACAAAUUGAGCGAGCUACAUCUGUAGACUGUUUGAGUAAAUAUUUUGUCAGCUUGCAGGAAUUAUUGAAUAAGUAUAAUCUUAAUAAUAAGCCUGAUUCAAUAUUCAUCAUUGAUGAAGUUAUGAUUGAACUGAACAAAAGAAUGCCAUAUGUAUCUUCAUGGAAAGGCUACAUAAAACUAGAGAAGUACAACAAGAGAAACAUAUUGCCACCUGCGAUGACCAUAAUAGCUAGUGGGAAUGCAUCCGGGGCUAGGCUGCCAGCUUUCUUCAUCUUCCAAGGUAAAACAGUAAGCUCUGAGUCAAUUGAAGACUGCUCACCGGGUACAGGCGCUACAUGCAGUGAUGAUGGACUUACCAACUGUAAUGUGUUUCAGCUGUACUUAGAAAAUCACUUCCUGAAAUUCAUUGAGAGAAAAGAUGAUGGUGAAGCAAUCUUGGUUUUGUAUGAUGGCCAUAGAACACACAUGUCUCCUGACCUGGUACAGAUGUAUAAAUCUCAAAAUGUUCAUUUGUUCCCAAUUCCACCUAGUGGUUCACAGUGCUUAGUAGAAAUGGACAAGGGAGUAUUUGGAAACAUGGACAAAGUGUUCGACCGAGAAUGUGAAAUUUUUCAAGAGACUGAAAUUGACCGUGACUUGCAUGAAAACAUUUGUGUUGUUGCAAGCAAGGCAUACAAUGAAUCAGUUAAUGCAGAAAAUUUGAAAAAUGCUUUCAAAAGAUUCGGCUUGUGGCCAUUCAAACCACAGAUUGUAAAUAAGAGGAUUGACCUGAACAGGGCCCCUCCCGAACCCCCAAGUGUGAAAGGUGACAGAAUGAUGUCAAUCUCAACUACAGUUAAAAGAACUCUAAGAAGAGCAAGCAAGAGGCCUUUGAAGAAAUCUGUUGACCUUGAGAACAUGGAAGAACUGGAGUCUCAUCUCGUCUCAGCAAGGAAAAAGAAAAGAAUGCUGCCGACAAAGAGACUGAACUACAGUGGCAGAAAACCUUCAGAGCAGUUCUUGGCAAAGAAAAGGGCGAAAGAGCAGGAAAAGAAAUCAGCGUUGAAAAUGAAGUUUCUUAGAGACAUAGGUGGUAGUAGUAAAAAAGGCAAGGGUAGGAAAAAAAUGAAAAUAGAGCGUCAUUCUGAGAGUGAGUAUGAGACCGACUCUGACUAUGAGAUUGAUGAAAUGCUAUCUAGUGAGGAAGAAGAGCAGGAAGAUUCGGUAAACAGGAGGGAGAGUGCACAGAGAACAGUUGAACUGGCAAUUCAGAGAGAACACUUUGAGAGUGCACUUAGAAAUGAACUGUUGAGCACGCAUGGGCUCUACUUUGAGGGUUCCCAGAGGGAAAGAUUUGAACAAGAAUUUGAAAAGGUGAAAAAUGAUAUGGAAGAUAAGGAACAAGAGAGUCAAGAAGAUGUUGAGGAGGAGGAAGUUAUAGAAGAAGCUGUGUUGGAUCAGAACCAAGUCACUGCACAGAUUGUAGAUAUUCAUUCAGUGUCUGUAGAUGGCACAAGUUUACAACAAAACAAUGGGACCAUCACACAGAUAAUAUUAACAGGUGUUGAAAGUGUAGAACCAAAUUCUAACAAAGCUGACACAGUGGUGUACACAGAGGAAGCUUCAACCUCAGGAGAGAAAAUUGAAACUGGACCAACAGUUGUUAUUGAGAAUGUACUUGAAGAGAUUAUUCAGACUGAGAAGUGUUGUGUGUGUAACAAGGAGCACCCUGACUCGGUACGUGAUGGCUAUGUAGUGGAGUUCUGUACAUGGGGAAAGUGUGACUACCAGGACUGUGACCACUGGACGCAUCUCAAGUACUGCUGUGAUGUAAAAGUGUUAAGACGGCAUGAUAUCUUCUACUGCCCUUGCCAUAACAAGGUGUAAAUCCAAAGAUGCAUACAAACUUGUAGCAUAUGUAAAAAGUGAACAUAUACCUGUAAAUGUCUGUGCUUAUUGCAUCAUUGGAGCAAUUCUGUGUUCAUGCUUGUCACUUUUGUAAAAGUUAAGAAGUAUGUUUGUAUCAAAUAUUGAUUUUAGAUGAUUGAGUAUUUUAGGUUGGUGAAAUAUUCAUGUUGAUCAAAAAUAAAUAGGUGUAUAAUUGGAUGUUGUUUGGAAAUGAUCAUCUUUUAAUACAUUUUGAUGUCCGAUUUAUAUUUCUGGAUUGUCAUAUAAGCCGCAUCAUGCAAUUUUGGGCCUUCAGGCAUAAUUUUUAUGCCCCCUUUUGAAAAAAGUGGGGUAUAUUGUUUUGCACAUGUCGGUCGGUCGGUCGGUCGGUCGGUCGGUCUGUCUGUCUGUCGGUCGGUCGGAAUACCAAAUGGUUUCCGAUCAAUAACUUGAGAACGCUUUGACCGAGGGACCUCAUACUUGGUAUGUGUAUUGGUCAUCACCAGCAGAUGAACCCUAUUGAUUUUGAGGUCAGUGGGUCAAAGGUCAAGGUCAGUGUGACCUUUACAUGAAAAACGGUUUCCGAUCAAUAACUUGAGAACGCUUUGACCCAGGAACCUCAUACUUGGUAGGUGUAUUGGUCAUGACCAGCAGAUGAACCCUAUUGAUUUUGAGGUCAGUGGGUCAAAGGUCAAGGUCAGUGUGACCUUAACAUGAAAAACGGUUUCCGAUCAAUAACUUGAGAACGCUUUGACCCAGGGACCUCAUACUAGGUAGGCUUAUUGGUCAUGACCAGCAGAUGAACCCUAUUGAUUUUGAGGUCAGUGGGUCAAAGGUCAAGGUCAGUGUGACUGUAAGCUGAAAAAAGGUUUUCUGAUUGUCCAUAUUUUAUUUAAGUGUCCAAAUCCUACUAACAAUUUGGCUCCCAAGGGGGCAUAAAUGUUUCACUAACAUCUCUUGUUACAAUUGGAAUAAUCAAUCAGUAAAAAAUAGCCAAAAUAUUGAUUUUUUUCUAUCUCAGUGUUUGUCAUUAGCACAUCAAUUUCUUGAUGAUUUAUGUCAAUCCCUUUACUGGUACUCAUGUUCCAUAGCAACCAUUAGUGACAUCUUUCAUCCCGUUUUAUUUAUACUGCAUUUAUGGUGUCUGUGUAAAAUAGCACAAUGGUUUUGAAAUACUUAUAUGAAUCACCAAACCUUUCUUUAUCUACGUAUUUCUUUAUCUACGGUACCUAAAAGAUCCUGUGUUACAAUAAAAACUUAUAAAUCCAGUUAGGAUAUUGAUAUGUUAAUUAUGCAUGAAAUUUCAAUAAUGUACUUAUAAUGAUGUCAUGUGUGUGAUGUCAAAUUUAGUGAAGAAAAGUGCAAUACAUGGUGUCACCGUAUUUGUAAACUCCUUUUGCUUUUUUUGCAAUUUAAGAGAUACAUGUAUCAUUAUGACAAUUGCAGUAUUGCCUACCAAGAUGUAAUUUAACUGAGACAUCCAACAAAUCAAUAAAAGCAAUAAUAUGUCUGAAGACCCAAAAUUGUGCAGUGCAGCUCAUAUUAUGUAUCACUUUACUAAAUUCAUAAAUGAAACACCAUUGUGUCAUUCAAUCGUUGACAUUUUUCUUUUUGAUUUCUGAAAUUUUUCGUCUUGAUAUCUGAAAUGUACAAUAUGGAAUUUCAGUUUGACUUUUUAUUCUUUUAAUUUUACAUUUAUUAUGACUUGAGGUACAAGAAAUUAUAAGAUGUGUAAUUACUAGCUUGAUAUUUAUCAGAUCUUGAUGUUAUAAUACCGUGAAUUAAAUGUUGAAAAGAU